AUGCAGAAUGUAAUUGUCCUCGGUGGUUCCUAUGCUGGCGCGCGAGUAGCCCAUCUGCUCGGUCAAGGCCUCGGGAACAAGUUUCGAGUAAUAAUGAUAGAUCGAAAUAGCCAUGCCAAUCGGACAGAUCUCUAUGUCUUUCCUCGUCUCGCGGUGCUUCCUGGUCACGAACAUAAAGCCUUUAUUCCGUACAAGGGCAUCUACCAUCCCGUAACUGCAGCUAAUCCCGUCCCUCCCCCUACUCAUCACCUCAUCUUACAAGCGAGGAUCAUCGGCUUCACGCAGCACGACGUCACGAUCGACCGUAUGUUCCCCAAUCUUGGCAUUCAUUCGCCAGUAAUUCCAUAUAAAUACGCGGUUUAUGCACUUGGUAACCGGCUGCCGGCUCCGAUCGAUUUAUGGUUCGAGGAUGAAGAUGCGGUCGGUGCGCAGUUGAAGGUUGAUAAAAGAGGAGAAACACAAGCUGCAGGAGGUAAUGAGAGGAAACCGUAUGGCGGGUCCAAGCAAGAAGGCACACAAUGGUUAAGGCGGUGUCAAGAACGCAUUCGUGAUGCUGGUAGUAUCUUGUGUGUCGGUGGAGGAGCACUGGGAAUACAGUUUGCUACGGACAUCAAAUCACUCUAUCCAGCGAAACAUGUCGCUCUUUUGCACUCGCGGCACCGCCUCCUACCACGCUUCGACUAUGAUCUGCACUGUGAAGUCCUGAAGACCUUGGAGGAUCUUCGGAUUGACCUUGUUCUUGGAGAGCGUCUAGAUUUAGCGUCUACGCGACCGGAGGCCGUUAAAGUUAAUGAGCAAGGGCAACGCGUUGUUCGGACCGUAAAAGGUCGUGAAGUUGCCGCGGACCUUUUGCUUCUUUGUACAGGUCAGAUUCCGAAUACAGGCUUCUUGGCCGCUAUGUCGCCACAGUCAGUCGAUCCUGUGACCAAGCUCGCAUACGUAUUACCGACGAUGCAGCUUGGCAUCAUACCUCCUGCUUCUGAAUCGGAUGAGUUCCUCGAGUCUUCCAAAGGUACUUCGUUAGUAUCUGAACUUGAUCUUAGCCAGCUUCGUAUAGAUGAGGAAUCUGAAAGUGCUGUCGUGGCCGAUGAAGGAUUAGUUGGAGAAGCUCAGGUCGAAGAAGUCGAAGAGGUAGUGCUGGAGCAACUUCCAGAGACUCCUUACCCGCAUAUUUUCGUCAUCGGAGAUGCUGCAGAUGCGUUCGGUGCAAUCAAGGCAGGUCAUACGGCGUAUUGGCAAGCGGAGGUUGCCGCAAGGAACAUUAUCCGGCUUGCUCGAAGGGAAGAGACUGAAGCCGAAGACAAGGUUAACGACGGCUCGGAACCCAGGGCUGCGGAAGAAGAAUAUGAGGACGAGGCGAGCGUUGGAAUGACAGAGUCACUUGAGCUGGAGUCGUACAAUCCUGGGCCACCUGCUAUCAAAGUUUCACUUGGUAUUGGUCAAACGUCAGCGUACCAGAUUAAUGGUGUGAUUGGACGGAAGGAUACGACGGAGGCAGAUGAUCUCGAUGCUCCGCUUGCCUGGGCAUUCUUUGGUAUGCAGGAUAUGAAACCGGAGGAUCUGUAUAGCUGA